GCAGGCAGCGAUGUGGGACGCAGGAAGUGCCGAGGAACAGGCAGAAAGGUCUCGAGCAGAGCGGUUGGACGGGACUGGCCGGGUGGCUGGGCACUCUCAGGCAGGACAUGGGCACCGGCGGCCUUCUCCUGAACCCUUCAGGAUGCAGCCCUGCACUCAUUUUGACAGAAAACAGUCCCAGACUGCCAGGCUGGCUGGGGCCUGUGGGGCGAGCGCAGGUUCUGUUCUGCCUCGGUGCGUUCGGGCGGGUGCCCUCGGCCAGGAUGGCUAGCGGGGGCACACACGGGACCCGCACUGCCCCCUCCCCGACCGGGGGGCUUCUGCUGGCGUUCAUGCAGAGGGCUGUGGCACCGGCGGGCUUCUCCCCUUCCCCUCCCGGGCACCACUUCCUGUGCGAGUUGCACUCAGUGUUCCCGCAGGCCACCAGGCAGGCCGUUGUCAUCGGGGAACUAUUUCUGUGUUGCUGGACUAGAAAGAGGAGGUUCAUGUACGUUUCGUGUCCGAAUACCUGAAGAUCCGGCUGAGCAUGCUGUGAUUCACCCUGGGGGCCCCGUUUGUCGCUACGCAGGUGCCAUUCACCCACCUGAGUUCAUUAUAGGGGGGUGAUGACAGGAAGCUUGCCUGAUGUGAAACAGGUCACCUGAGCCUUCCGGCCCAAUAGCACCUGCUCCAACAGGUAACGCCAGGACUCCGAGGAAGCCAUGGCAGCCACAACAACACCCUGGAGUGUGCUGCUGGGCUACUCCAUCUUCUUCCUUCUGCUCCCAGAAGCAGGAGCUCUGCCCUGCAGCCACCUCACGGUGGACUCCCCAGUCGUGCUUUUGGGAGCAACAGUCAACGCUUCUUGCACUGUCUGGAGAAACCGCUGCCCAUUUCCAAAGGACGAAAAAAUCCAGAUGCUGUGGAAACUGGACGAGGAGUUCCUGAAGGGCUCGCAUGACAGCUUCAGUAAUGGGGUGGAAGUUUCCAAUAUCACCAUCGGCCCUCUCAAUGAGACCAAGUCCAGUCUGAGCUGCUUUGUGCAGAAGAGGGACGGAUCGCCCCAACGCAUGAACCUCAUCCAGAUCCAGGCAGGAUAUCCCCCAUCGCCCCCGCAAAACCUUACCUGUGUCAUGAACGCCUCGUCCAUGAAUCUGACCUGCCAGUGGGAUGCUGGCCGGGACAGCCUCCUCCCCGUGAGCACCGUCCUGAGGGGCUUCUGGGCCCGGAGGGAGUGCAAGGAGCCCCUGGAGCCCAUCCCAGGCUGCAGCCCCGCGGCUGGCCAGAGCUCCUGCACCAUUGCCCGCCAGCACCUCCGCCUCUAUCAGAAGAUGCUUUUCCUGGUAUCCACGGAGAACGCCCUGGGGGCAGUGGAGUCGGCGCGCCUGUGUGCGGACCCGGCGGACUUGGUCCUGCUGGAGCCGCCCAGCCUCCUGGCGGUCCAGCCCAUCCCGGGGGAGAGCGGCUGUGCGCAGGUGGCGUGGCAGGCCGCGAGCGGCGAGGCGUUCCCGCGGCAGCUGUGCGAGCUGCGCUACCGGGAGGAGGGCGACCCGCAGUGGGUGCUCGUCCGCAACGUCUCCAGCCCCGUCUGGCAGGCGCAGCACUGCGGCCUCCUCUUCGGCACCCCCUACCAUCUGCAGAUGCGCUGCCGGAAGCUGCCGGCCGGCUACUGGAGCGGCUGGAGCGCGGCGAAGAGCUUCACCACCCCCGAGAAAGUGCCCUCGGGAAAGCUCGAUGCCUGGUGGAAGGUGAUGCCCAGACAGGCAGAGGAGACAGAGGUGCAGCUGCUGUGGAAGCCAAUGAAGCCCCACGAAGCCCAUGGUAAAAUACUGGGUUACUGGGCCACGCUCAGCACCAGGCCGCGCAAAGAGGACCCCUCCGUGCUCUGCAACACCACGGAGACCUGGUGCACUUUCUCUGUGCCAGCCGGGACGCAGAGAAUUUAUCUCACCGCCUACAACUCCAAAGGCUCAUCAAAGCCUACUGAAGUCCACCUGCUUGAGACGAAAGGUCCGCCUGUGCCCAGGAUGCGAGCCAUCCCCCGGGACGCACACAGCACCUGGGUCUGCUGGGAUUCCCCAGGGACAGCGGCCUGGAGCUACAUCCUCGAGUGGCGGAGGGUGACCUCUGGUGGCGCAUCUGACGGCGACAUCGGCUGGACACGGCUGCAGGACAGCGUCACACGAGCCCUGAUCCAAGAAGGUAUCGAGCCUUUCCAGCUGUACAACGUCUCCCUCUACCCUCUUUACGGCGACAGAGUGGGAGCACCCCAGCACAUAGAGGUCUACACCUGGCAGAAAGCUCCUUCUGACACUCCCAAACUUCGUCCAGUGGUCAGUAAGACAACAGCAGAACUCCAGUGGGAGCCCAUCCCAGUGGAAAAGCGGAAUGGCUUCAUCACCAACUACACCAUUUUCUGGACCGGCACCCACGAAGGCACAAGGAGCGCUGUUCUGAACUCCUCGGUGAACACCUUCACCAUCACAGACCUCUGGCCUUCGAGGAUGUACAUUGUCCAUAUAAUGGCCUCUACAGUGGGGGGAAGUACAAAUGGAAGCAUUCUGACAUUCCACACAAAGGCAAUGGACGACACAGACAUCCUGUUCGUGUACACACUCAUCGGGCUGCUCCUGGCCAUGAUCACUGUGCUGGUCAUCUGCUUCCAGAAGAGCAAGAGGAUGAAGACCCAGUUCUGGCCCAGUGUCCCUGACCCAGCCAAUAGCAGCCUGGGCAGAUGGGCACCAGCCGUGCUGCAAGAGGAGACCCUCCCAGCUACCAAGCCAUGCGAGCUCAGUCCUGUCAUUGUUUCUGCCAUCUUAGUCCUUGAAAAAGAUGAGAAGAAGUGCCUCUCCUGUGGGAAGAGUGAAUCCACCAAGGACCUGGAGGAUGGACCAACAAACUUCUCAGAUUCCAAUGUCCACAACCCUGACGAUGCUUCGCCAACUGGUGGCUCAACACCAGCUUCUUACAUUAAUAGCCCGGAGUCUAUCCAAUACGCCAAAGUGCUUGUGGACAGUUACCGCAGCCAACAAGAAAUAGCCUCUGCUUUCUACAUGCGCUCCAACUCCACACAGCCUCUGCUGGGUGACAUGACACCCAGCCCAAAGCCCUACGAGAACCUGUGGUUCCACAGUAACCAGACAGACAGAGAGAAGGGCUGCAACUUUCAGGAGGACGCCCUCUUCCUUGACAGGGCACUGUUAGAUUUCCCAUUGCUGCAAGGUCUAAAAAUUGAUGGCAAUGAAGACCUGAGCAAUUUCCGAAGGUUGUAGAGCCCAGCUGAUGGAGAAGGGCUACAACUGGAGGUGCCUCUGUGGAUUUUCAUUUUUUUUAUUCUCAUCCUCCAUGGAGGAAGCACAACCUGGUCCCUCUGGCCACACAGCUUCCCAGCUGUAUUUUGUAUUUCACUCUGUUGAUAGGCCAGGGAUGAGUGAGGAGGACAUUGGAUUCGGGAGAGUGAUACCCUUCCCUUUUCCCCAGCCAAACCUGGACAAGAGUCACCAAAACAGGCACUGGACAUCAAAGGCUGCCAUGCCUUUGACUCUUCUUGCCUGCAGCCCCAUUUCUGACUCAUCCCUGCUGGAAAACAUAACUUAUGCUUCUCUCUUCUUGUACCUGAAUGAUAUAUGACCCAUCUCGGUAUUCUAACAGUGCAUGUAGACACACAUGCACACAUUCCUCUGUAGCCACUCGUCACUGGCCUGCAUGGCCACUGCCCUCUCAAAGGCUGGCUGCUGGAACACGACUUCCACCCCACCCCGCCCAUAUUUCUAUAGCAUUUUGCACAUGUAGAGAUGCACGCAUGUGCAGAAAACUGGUGCUAGAGUGUAGGACCGGCAUUCACCCUGAGGAACUGGAGGUCUGCUGGUACCCAGCAAUGGCUCCUAGGCUGGCAGUUCUGCAGGGGAAAUCCAAGAAAUGAAAACUUCACAUUGGCAUUGAAUUAGGAGGUUCAUUGCUGCAGAAUAAAACAAAUAUAUUCCUUUUCUUUCUGCAAAGACAAACACAGUUCAGACCUUGCCAACGUUACUACUGGUGCUUGCGCAGCUAGGUGAAACAACAAGAAAAAAGCAGCUUCUGGGUCAGUGCAGGCUCUUCAUUUUGUUGCUCUUUCUAUGAUAGGAAGUGACGCUGUGAGUAGCUGGUGCACAAAGGCCCCACUUGAAUGGAAGAAACAAGGAGCAGCCUGGAGGACUGAGAAAGGGAAACAAAGACGUUCUCUCUCAACAUGAGAAGUGGGGCAGUCAAAGGGAAUAAAGUUUCUUGGAGGGAGCGCAGAGAACUCCACCAUUUCCCCUAAAAUAUUUCCCCCACUGUUGCUGCUAUUUAUCUUGUAUAUAAGAAUGUUAAAAAUUAAAGGUGCUUCAUAAUUCUU